AUGACGGCGGAUACAAUCACCUUUCUGCACACCCUCGGAAAGCUGAAGGAAACGGAACGCACGGGUUGGGUUGAGAAUGGCAUUCCAAACCCAGAGUCGGUGUCAGACCACAUGUACCGCGCUGCAGUCAUGUGUAUGCUCUGCCCUGACAAGUCACUGGAACGAAAUAAACUGAUCCGUAUGGCGCUCUGCCACGACAUGGGGGAGAGCAUCGUUGGUGACAUCUCCCCAAAAAUGAGUGUUUCCAAGGAGGAGAAGUACCGUCGAGAAAAGGCGGCUGUUUCACAUCUUAGUGGCUUGUUGGGAAACGAAGUCCCAUUGUCGGGGGAGCUACUGCAGCUUUGGGAGGAGUACGAGGCGCAAAGCUCACCAGAAGCGCGGUUUCUCAAGGACGUGGAUCUUUUGGAGAUGGUCACACAGGCGCAUGCGUAUGAGCUGGCUCACCCUGAGAAAGAUUUAAGUUCAUUUUUUCUUUCGGGGGAGAAGAUCCAGCACCCGUGGGCGCGGGGCAUUUAUGAAACCCUCCUGCGUACUCGACCCUCCGUAAGGCAAAGGGAAAAGGGAGAGGAAAGACCAAAGUGA